UCGCGGGAUCUCGUGCGGGGUCGCGCGGGGCCACGGCGAGGUCGAGAGUCGCGAUCAUGGCGGCCGAGGAAGCGGAUGUGGAUAUCGAGGGAGACUCGGGGGUGGUGGUGGCGGCGGUGCCUCCUCUUCCGCACGGAGGCCAUGAAAAUACAGCAGGUGAUUUCCAGCAAGAUCACUACCUUGAUUCAACCUGGAGAACUGAUAAUGGCCUCAUUCCUUGGACUCUGGAUAAUACCAUCAGUGCUGAGAACAGGGCUGUCAUCGAGAAAAUGUUACUGGAAGAAGAAUAUUACAUGUCUAACAAAUCAAUUCCAGACAAGUUCUGGCUUGAUCAUAAGGAAAGUAAUAAAAAGUACAUGAAAAGUCCACCAAAAUCAGGAAAACUCACGACUCUGUCACCUCCAAAACCGGCCAGUCACUCAGUCAAGUGGACUGUGGGAGAAAAAGAACUAUUCGAACAAGGCCUGGCCAAGUUUGGGAGGAGGUGGACAAAAAUUGCAAAAUUAAUAGGAAGUCGCACUGUUUUGCAAGUAAGGAGUUAUGCCAGACAGUACUUUAAGAACAAGACAAAAUUAGAUGGUCUGGAAAAAGGUGUGCCCAAGCAGAAGAGUAGCAGUCAUCUUCAGGUGCCAGACAAGCUUUCAGGGAAGAAAUCCUGGCUUUCAUUAGGCUUACAAGGGCAUGCUGACCCUAACCUGAAUGCUGUAAAAAUUGAAACAUUAUCUGAUGAUGAAGAAGUGAACAUCACUGAUGAAUCAGAUGAAUUUUUUCAGAUCCCCUUAAGGAAUCCUAGCAGUGUUCUCUUAUUUGAUGUUCCCAAUAAUACUGAUCAUAAAAUGGACCCUCGAGGGCUCAUUCAUCCUGAAGGACGAGACUGGGCCAUUUCUGCAACACCCAGAAAGGACCUUCCCAGCCCUUCACAAGAUCAGAGGAAGGCCCUCCCUCUCUCAGGAACUGCUUCCUAUCUGCCAAAGUCCAGUAGCAAUGAGGGUAGAUCUGACCAUGCACUCAAUGAUCAGUCAUCUAUUCCCAGCAUAGAAGGAAGCUCCAAGCAGGAUGAAAAAGGAGAGGAGGUAGCCAGCCCAGAAGUUGGCCAAAAGCCAAAGGAUGUCCUUGAGAACGAGGUGCAUUUUCACCCUUCCUGUCAAGUGGAAGAAGAGAGCCCAGAGGAUGGGGAGGAGCUUAAAGCACCUGAGCAGGAGGUGGAAGUUGACAGAACCACCAUUCAGGAGGAGGAGAAGCAGGCCAUCCCCGAGUUUUUUGAGGGCCGCCAGGCCAAGACACCAGAACGAUAUUUGAAGAUAAGGAAUUAUAUUUUGGAUCAGUGGGAAAGAUGUAAACCGAAAUAUCUGAAUAAGACUUCUGUGCGUCCAGGCCUGAAGAACUGCGGUGACGUUAACUGCAUUGGACGGAUACACACAUAUCUGGAGUUAAUAGGAGCCAUCAAUUUUGGAUGUGAACAGGCUGUGUACAACAGACCCCAGCCAGCUGAUAAGACACGAGUCAGGGAAGGAAGAGAUGCAGAAGAAGCCUACCAGCUAGCCCAGCGUCUACAGUCAAUGCGCACGCGCAGACGCCGGGUACGAGACCCAUGGGGGAACUGGUGCGAUGCAAGAGACUUGGAAGGACAGACGUUUGAGCACCUCUCAGCUGAGGAGCUGGCCAGAAGAAGGGAAGAUGAAGGAAACAAGCCUGUGAAAUAUCCCAAAGCGCCCAGGUACCCCAAAAGCUCCUUUGACCCCUUCCAGCUGAUUCCUUGCAGCAUCUUCAAUGAAGCAAAACAGGAGCCAUUUCAGGUGCAAGUGGCUUCCGAAGCGCUUUUAAUAAUGGAUUUGCACGCUCAUGUUUCCAUGGCGGAGGUGAUCGGUCUCCUAGGAGGGCGCUACUCAGAGGCUGAGAAGGUGCUGGAGGUGUGUGCGGCUGAGCCCUGCAACAGUCUGAGCACCGGCCUGCAGUGCGAGAUGGACCCCGUGUCCCAGACCCAGGCUUCGGAGACCUUGGCCGUCAGAGGGUACAGCGUGAUCGGAUGGUACCACUCCCAUCCGGCCUUCGACCCCAACCCUUCCCUCCGGGACAUCGACACCCAGGCCAAAUACCAGAGUUAUUUCUCCAGAGGUGGAGCGAUGUUCAUUGGGAUGAUCGUUAGCCCAUAUAAUCGAAACAAUCCUUUACCAUAUUCCCAAAUUACCUGCCUGGUUAUAAGUGAUGAAGUUAGUUCUGAUGGUUCCUACCGUGUACCUUAUAAAUUUGAAGUACAACAGAUGUUAGGAGAACCUCAGUGGGAAUUAGUGUUUGAAAAAACAAGAUGGAUGAUUGAAAAAUACCGGCUCUCCCCGAGCGGCGUCCCUAUGGAUAAAAUCUUUCACCGGGAUUCUGACCUGACUUGUUUGCAGAAACUCUUGGAGUGUCUAAGGAAGACCCUGGGCAAAGCGACCAACUGCCACAUUGCUGAGGAAUUCUUGACGCAGUUAGAGAAUUUGUUCCUUUCCCAUUAUAGAAGCAAACCAGAGAAGGGCACCGCUGGAGAGGGCUGCCUCGUGUGUCCACCACAGCUGGCACUGUGAAAGUUUUAUAACUGGACAUGUUCGUUUUUAAAGGCAAAAUGGCAUCCAUAGAAAGCCCGCCUGCAAAGUUUUUCCAGUUCUCCCAUGUACUGUUCAGGCAGCGAGAGCAGCGAUGGUACCAGUGUCUUGUCUAGUUAAAGAAAUCCAGGCUGAAUCAUACAAAUCGAUCAUGUAAAACCACUUGCAGUCACAGAACUUUGGACUCGGACGUCGAAGGUGCUCCACCAAAGGGUGGGCCAUAGCAGCUGUCCAAGUGGUCAAAAGAUGUGUCUGUUAGCAUCACACCGUUUUUGUUUCUGUCCCUUUUCAUUUGCCUGUGACUUUCCUCUCUGAUUUUUCCCCCACGCCGCCAUUGUUCUUCCCAUUCAGCCUCAUGAAGUCUUUUUGGUUUGUUUCCAGUAAAGAAGGGGGCAGGUCAGUGGUGGGAUCUGCAUUAGAUGGGCAACAGAUCAAAGCCUUUCUGCAUAAGGGUAUUCACAUGUGUGUGUGUGUGUAUAUGUAUGUAUGUAUCUAUUUACAUAUACACACAUAAGGGCUGUUGGGAAACGAGGAGAGCCAAAGGUUUUAGUCCACGUGUAGCAACUAACUUACUGUUAGGAAGAAGGGAAAAGUUAGGCCCAUCAAGGCAAGUUGGUCAGUUGUUAAAGAAGACUCUUGAUUUCUCCUUGGCUGCAUGGCCAUGGCACUUAAACUUGCCCCAGGUUCUCCUAAGGACAAAGAGCAUUCUCUCUUCCCCACGCCACCCCCCAACUGCCAAUGUCAGUCUCCCUAUUGCUCCUACACAAGAGGCAGAAGAGGGUUCCAAGAGCCAGGAUGCUGGUACAUUUGUUUGGUUUUUAUUGGAUUCCUGGGCCCACCCUCAGGACAAUCUAGGCUGGGGACAAUUUCCUGGACUUUCCUCAUCUAGAGCAGGGAUUGAUCAUUCAUCCAGAGGAAAAUCCCUGCAAGGGACUUGAUCGUACAAACCAAUGAUGUUCCCCUCUAAUAUUUGCUAAGGCGUAAAUUCUAAUUAGUCAAUUGAUUGAAAUUAAGCUUUCUGCUUAAUCCUCAGUUACUAAGAAAAUUUGAUUAAUUCCAUUCCUCCCUGCCCCCACCCCACCCCCCUACGCCAGCAUCCUAAUUACUAACCAAUCAGCAAGUAUUUACCGAGGCCCCACGAUUUACCCAGUGCUGCGCUGGGUACCAGGGCUUCCCAUACAAAGUAAGACAAUAGCUGCCGGGUGCUUGCUAGGGGACCCCAGCACGUAUAAAGAUCAUGUUUGAGAAGUAAGGUAGGCCCAUGAGACUGGAGGGGGGCAGUGAUGUGCCCUCAACCCUGGAGGGGAGACUGAGUCAGAUUGUGAAGUUUCUUGAGCAGCAGUCACAUUCCUGCUUCAGGAAUAUCACUUUGGCAGCAAACUGGAGAGAUUGGCUGCAUAGAGGGAGGCCACACCGCAGCAGGUGAUACUGCCCAAACCAGAGUGAUGAGGGCUGGGCUGGGCAAAUAUGUCCAUGACUGAAGGUGGUUCUCUCUAAGCCAGAGUUUGGAAACACGGAACUAAGCUUAUUCUUAAACAAUGCUAAAUGUGCCAGCCUGGCCUAGAGCAGCUGGAGAAUGAGGCAGGACCCCUCAGGAGCUGUGCAGUUUGGGGCAAAUCACAACCUCUCUGGCCUUCCGUUCCUUCCCCAGUACAAUGAAAGAUUUGGACUAGAAGAUCUCUAAGGGCCUGAUUUAUCAAUGUGCUCUGAAUUAAUGCCGGGACUGUUUUUUAAAGGAAUGUGUUGUCCCUUCCACUCCCACCCCCAAAGUCACUGCAGGAAAAUGGGGCAUCUUACCCAUUGAGUCAGUGGGAGCCAGUGAAACUUGUCGACCACAGAAGUCCCAAAGUCGUGGGACUGACCCAGCCUGUCUCCUCUGUCUGAGAAGGUACAGCAGGCCCGUGAGGGAUCUCAGCAGGCUGGGCUCUUCGUCGUCUCAUGGACGUAGCCUGGCCCACUUUUGUUUGAGAAGUGCCUGACCUGGUAUUCUUGGCCUUUCUAAGAUGGCCUCACCUGCCUGUUAAAUGUCUCAUUUCAUAAUCAUGUUUACAGGCCCACUCCAUGCAGGUCACUCAGAAGAACUGACAUCCUGCGAUAGGGUCCACACCGGCGUUCCAUCACCCCAAGUUGUGUCCGACUUCUGUAUUGCAUGGUUGUUGGUUCUCCUGCCGGGCCUUCCCCAAGGGCUCUCAGCAUCCUCAGGAGAGGAAAACUCCGCUUAGAACAUGCCCUUGGGGGCAGGAGGCCAUUUUACACAGAAAGCAAAGCUGUUCUGUACAGACCCGUCCUGUAUGUAGAUAGUGUUUAUUUGCAGUAGUCUGCAGGUUCCCCAUCAGGAUGAUGGGACUUCCUAUCCAUUGAAACUGGAGAGUGUGCCACAAGACUAGCAUCUCUCUGGGGAAGUGAAAGGAACAGAUCCCAAAGGAUGGAGGAUGAAUAAAAAGAUGAAAAACCCAA